CGGUCUGGAAGCCGGCCGGAAACGGUGUGAGGAGCGCAGGUGGAGGAUGAACCACAGGACUGCAGGUGUUUGUGGCCUCACGUAGAGGCUCUCCUGUGGGAGAGGAGGAAGACGUGAACGUGGGUUGCGUUGAACCCUAGUUAACCGGUUUGGGCAUCGCCAGCCACUGUGACCUCUUUGCAGCAUAAGACUCAGGCCAGAGAAGUCUCACCUUAAAUGAGUGAUGCAGGAUGAUUAUAAAUGCAAAGUGGAGCUUUCUUUGUCAUCUGAUGGCAGGACGAUAGUGUGCUACCACCUGCCUGUGAACAUUCCAUAUGAACACACAAAACCUAUUCCUAGACCAGAUCCUGUGCAUAAUAAUGAAGAAACACACGAUCAAGUGCUGAAAUCCAGGUUAGAAGAGAAAAGUGAACACCUUGAACAAGAACCCAUGAUAGAACAACUUAGCAAAAUGUUCUUUACUACCAAGCACCGUUGGUUUCCUCAUGGACAGUACCACAGACGUCGUAAGAAACUGGACCCUCCAAAGACAGAUGACAUCGAGGUUCUCAGAGGAAUCAGAAAUGUGUUUCAUUUGUCAUUUAAGAAAAUCUCAUGUGGUGUGUUUACUAAAAGGUCAUGUAAUAAUAAAAUUUCUUUUCAUAUAAAAAAAUAAAAGAAUAGGACUGAGUAGGUUGAUGUACAUCAGUUGUGAACACGGCUCAAAUCUGUUAGAGGGCCUCUGACUGUAUUGUAGUUAGUAGAGUUUACACAUAUAAAUCGUAAAGCCAGUUUCUACCAGGAUUUUCAGUCCUUGAGGACAGAAAAUCUAAAGAUUGCCCUCAAAAGACUUAGUUCAAUUAAUGAAGCAAUGAAAUAGUUACCAAACAAUGACUGGAUAAAGUUACCUUGGAAAUUACUAAUAGAUGGUGUUUUUUAGAAAUAACCUCAAAUCAUUUUGCUACAGCUAUAAAAGGACAUCCAACAAACACUAUUUUCUUUAGUUACAAAUUUCUCCAUUCCACAUGACAAAAUACUUGUAUAUAAAAAU